AUGGCAGUUUGCGAGGUAGCUCGGGGUGGUCUGGUUGAAGAACUUGCGUGGCUAUCAAAAGAAACGGUUAUGUUUGUCUCUGACAACACACUUGGAUUCUUUCUGGUCAGUUCAAUGAUUCAUGGAAUUGAUGAUUACAACAAGAUCAAUCCUUACAUGACAGGUUGGUGGGCUCAUAAGCUCGGUUUUCCUGCAUGCAUCUCUCCUACUCCUCAUGAAACCAUUUUGCCAUCUUGGAUUCUAGAUAGUAGUAGGCGAAGAUACAUAUCCGAGGAGAUAGCAAAACUCGGGAAAGGGAACAUCAGUGCUCAGAUCUUUACGUUCAGAGAGCUCUGUGUUGCCACCAAGAACUUUAACCCUGAGAAUCAGCUCGGUGAAGGCGGUUUCGGAAGGGUUUACAAAGGGCACAUAGAAACCCCUGAAAAGAUUGUUGCGGUUAAGCAGCUAGACAGGAAUGGCUACCAAGGGAAUAGAGAGUUCCUUGUUGAAGUCAUGAUGUUGAGUCUCUUACAUCAUCAAAACCUUGUCAAUUUGGUUGGAUAUUGCGCAGAUGGUGAUCAACGGAUCCUUGUCUAUGAAUAUAUGCAAAAUGGCUCAUUAGAAGAUCAUCUUCUCGAAUUGGUGCGGAACAAGAAGCAACCGUUGGAUUGGGACACAAGGAUGAAAGUUGCAGCAGGAGCAGCGAGAGGGCUCGAGUAUCUACACGAGACAGCUGAUCCUCCUGUGAUCUACAGAGAUUUCAAGGCCUCAAACAUAUUACUUGACGAAGAAUUCAACCCGAAACUUUCGGAUUUCGGCUUAGCUAAAGUUGGUCCGACCGGUGCAGAGACUCAUGUCUCUACGAGAGUAAUGGGAACGUACGGCUACUGUGCGCCUGAGUAUGCUCUCACGGGACAGCUCACAGUUAAAUCCGAUGUUUACAGCUUCGGAGUCGUGUUCUUGGAGAUGAUCACAGGAAGAAGAGUCAUCGACACAACGAAAUCAACUGAAGAACAUAAUCUAGUGACUUGGGCGAGUCCGUUGUUUAAAGAUAGGAGAAAGUUCACGUUAAUGGCGGAUCCGUUGCUUGAAGGGAAGUAUCCUAUAAAGGGACUGUAUCAAGCGCUUGCAGUUGCAGCAAUGUGUCUUCAAGAAGGAGCAGAAAUGAGACCAAUGAUGAGUGAUGUAGUCACUGCGCUUGAGUACUUAGGAAUGACCAAAGUGGAAGAAGAUAACAACAACAAAGAAGGAGAAGAAGAAGAAGAAGAUGAAAGAUCUAAGGUUUAA